CCUCUGCCCCGCAGCGCGAUGGCUGCCAACUGCGAGCGCACCUUCAUCGCCAUCAAGCCCGAUGGGGUCCAGCGGGGGCUGGUGGGGGAGAUCAUCAAGCGGUUCGAGCAGAAGGGCUUCCGGCUGGUGGCCAUGAAGUUCGUGCACGCCUCUGAAGACCUUCUCAAACAACAUUACAUUGACCUCAAAGACCGACCAUUCUACCCUGGUCUGGUUAAAUACAUGAACUCCGGACCUGUUGUGGCCAUGGUAUGGGAAGGACUCAACGUGGUUAAAACUGGGAGAGUAAUGCUAGGGGAAACAAACCCUGCAGACUCUAAGCCUGGUACCAUCCGUGGUGACUUCUGCAUUCAAGUAGGAAGAAACAUCAUUCACGGCAGUGACUCUGUAGAAAGCGCGCAGAAGGAGAUCAACCUGUGGUUCAAACCUGCAGAGCUUGUUGACUUCAAAUCUUGUGCACAUGAUUGGAUUUAUGAGUGAAAUGAGUUUCCACAAUGAAUUGUGCCUUUGGAACACAUCAUCUCAUUCCAGCUAUUGACCUGGGAGCAAUUACCACCACGGUUAUCUUAGUAAUUUUCAGCACUGUCAAAUAAAUGGAUAUGAACUAA